AUGGAGCCCCUCAUAGCUGUUGUUGGUGCCACUGGCACGGGGAAAUCAAAGCUCGCAGUUGACUUGGCUUCCCGCUUCAAUGGAGAAAUCAUCAAUGGGGAUGCGAUGCAAAUGUAUCGCGGCCUUCCCAUCAUCACCAACCAGAUUCCCGAAGAUGAACGGAAUGGUAUACCCCAUCACUUGAUCGGUUGUGUUGAUUUGAAAGAGGAGCCAUGGCGCAUUGGUAUAUUCAAAAAGGAAUGUCUGCGCCUGAUCAACGAGAUCCGCUCGCGGGGAAAACUGCCAAUCCUUGUGGGGGGAACACAUUACUACACGCAAGCGGUUCUAUUCAAGGACCAGACUGUUGCAAACGAGACUGAGAGUUCAGGCCAAGACGACCUUUUGGCAGAGGAAUCUCUAAGUUUGGAAUCGCUGUCAGACAAAUGGCCGAUUCUCAAUGCACCAUCAGACCAGGUUCUACAGAAGCUUAGAGAAGUAGAUCCCGUCAUGGCCGAUCGGUGGCAUCCAAAUGAGACCCGUAAAAUACGACGGUCUUUGGAGAUAUUUUUACAGACAGGAAGGCCGGCUUCCGAGAUUUACGAGGAACAAAAGCGUCAAAAAAGGAGUGGUAAUGAUUUAGAAUCAUCUUCGGGGCUACUUCGUUUUCCCACGGUCGUUUUCUGGGUCCACUCGGGAAAAGAGGUCCUAAAUUCUAGGUUGAAUACGCGUGUCGAAUCAAUGAUCGAUCAGGGUCUAUUGUUGGAAGCAGAGAGGAUGUCAAAUUAUCUUCAAGAGAGCAUAUCUCAAGGUAUAAAUAUUGAAAAAGACAAAGGCGUAUGGGUCUCUAUCGGGUUCAAAGAGCUUGCACCCUAUUUUGAAGCAGUGCGCGAGGGAUCAUUGACUGAAGAAGAAUUGGAAUCGCUCAAGAGAACCUGUGUUGAAUCCAUCAAGACAGGUACUCGUCAAUACGCUGUACAGCAGGUCAAAUGGAUCCGAAACAAGCUGUGGAGGGCCCUUGCAGAGGCCAAUAUGAAGAAUCGCCUCUACCUCCUCGAUAGCACCUACGUGGAAGAUUGGGGGAACAGUAUAGCCCAACCGUCCGAGCUUGUGGUCAAUGCGUUUCUUCGAGAAGAAUCUCUCCCAGAUCCCAGAUCGUUCUCAGAACUGGCAAAGAAGAUGUACGAAACUUUGGAAGCGCAGUCAUCAAGAAAGACGGAAGACGGAAUCACAAAAUGCAUUACUUGUGAUGUUUGCCAAAAGACCAUGACAAAUGAAGAGCAGUGGAAGGUUCACAUGACGAGUGCUCCUCACAAGCGGGCAUUGAGAACAGCAGCCAGGAAGGCCGAACGCGAUGAAUACUUCCGGCAGCAGGAGUUGCUCAAGAAAAAAGAUCAGCCUACUAUGUCAUGA